AUGAAAACGAUAAAAAUUGAAAGAAAAACCGACGUCCCUCGCGUGCAGUUGAAGCUUGUUACCCGAAAACAACGAAGACUGUCUGAUAACAAGAAGAACCAGGAGAAUCUCAUGCACAUAUUACUCAAUUCAAACGCCAGCCCGAUUAGAAAUAAAGACAGCCUUGGCUACGGCUGUGCCUUUUGUUCCGAACAGUUCGUUGACCCCAAGAAUCUAAAAAGGCAUUUCUUAAGCGAACACCAGAGCGACAGACUGAUAAAAUUAAUGUCUAGUAAACUUUUUGAACAUGUAGUCAAAUUGGAUAUCACGUAUUUGCAUUGUUCGCUGUGCGAUAAAAAGAUUCCUCAUCUAGAUGAACUUAUGGUACAUCUGAAAACGGAACACAGAAAAGACUUGCACACAGACAUCAAAAGUUCAAUAGUACCAUUCAGUUUUGACACUCCGCAACUACAAUGCGCUGUUUGCAAGAUAGAAUAUUCCAACUUCAAGCUAUUACAAGAACACAUGAAUUCCCAUUUCGGCAAUCACAUCUGUGCUAUGUGCGGCGUCGGCUUCGUUACAGAGCGUCUGUUAACAACGCAUAUGAAGAGACACAAAACUGGAGAAUACAAAUGCGAAGAUUGCGAUAAAGUUUUCGAUAAUGAAGAGAAAUUAAAGGAGCAUCAGAAACGAUCACAUCUGGGCCAUAAUAAACGGAAUAAGUGUCUUAUAUGUGAGGAAAGAUUCGUGGAUUACUGGAAGAAAGUCGAGCAUAUGGUCGAAAUACAUGGCGCUCCGCCGGUUGUACUGAAAUGUCAGGCUUGCGAUCGUACAUUUAGAAAUCAGAGAGCUUUAUCUAGACACACGAAAAAGGACCACCUUAUGGAGAGAAAGAACAAAUGUCCGGAAUGCGAUAUGAGGUUUUUCAGCAAGAGCAGUCUGCAGCGGCAUAUGGCUAAGCAUACAGGAUUACGGCAGUUUUCUUGCGAUGUGUGUUUUAAAUCAUACGGCAGAAAGAACACUCUGAGGGAGCAUAUGAGGAUUCACGCUGAUGAUAGAAGAUUUGCCUGCAUCCAUUGCGGUCAGGCUUUUGUUCAGAAGUGCAGUUGGCGAAGUCACAUGAGGUCGAAACAUGGCGAUGAUGUUUAG